AUGAAGUCGGUUUUGGAAAAGCGCCUUCUCAGGCGCGAGCUUGGCGAGUAUACGCCUUUCUCCAGUAUCGCGGGAAUAUAUGGAGAUAAAACUUGGAUUGAGGAUAUGGAUAUUGUCAAUGAACUGGGCGGUCAUACUGGUUGCGUUAAUGCCUUAAGUUGGUCUACUUCGGGGAGACUUCUGGCCUCUGGUUCUGACGAUCAGCACUUGAAUAUCUACUCCUAUCAGCCUGAUUCAUCCACCGCACCCUUUUUCCUCAACACUACCAUACAAACUGGUCACUCCGCAAACAUAUUUUCAGUAAAAUUUAUGCCACACUCCAAUGACCGGACACUUGUCUCAUGUGCAGGAGAUUCCGAAGUCCGUGUUUUUGACAUUGAGCACUCGGGCCGAAUGUCUGUGUCAUCAGAAUUUGCUACUUCCGCGAGAAGUCGACGGUUCAAUAACUUCUUUAACGGAAUGUGGUACUUGACAGACGCGAACACGAAUGCUCGUGUAUAUAGAUCCCAUGCGGACCGAGUGAAACGAAUCGUCACGGAGUCCUCGCCGUACCUGUUCCUCACUUGCUCAGAGGAUGGUGAGGUACGACAGUGGGAUUUAAGACAGCCGUCUUCUGCAUAUCCUUCACCUCGUGGCGGGCAAGGUUUUAUGGCUUAUAGGCCCGGUCUUAACCAUGAUGACUCUAAUGUUCCUCCACCGUUGAUAUCAUACAAACGAUAUCACAUCGACCUAAACAGUAUAUCCUGUUCUUCGAGUCAGCCGCAGUACAUUGCUCUCGGAGGAGCACACUUGCACUGCUUCCUUCAUGACAGGCGAAUGCUGGGGCGUGACUUUCUUGCUGAACGAGGCAAGAUGGGAAGUCUAUCUCCUGGUCCCUGGAGUACUGAUGAUGAUGCUAUGAGUCAGGCAACUAGAUGUGUUCGACGGUUUGCGCCCAACGCUCAGAAAAAAGUCAGAUCUGGAGAUAACGGUCAUAUCACAGCAUGCAAGAUAAGCGAUGCCAACCCGAACGAAAUAGUAGUCAGUUGGUCUGGGGAUCACAUAUAUAGCUUCGAUAUUAUGCGCAGCCCUGAUGCUAGAGAUGCCAAGAACGCUGAAGAGCCAACUAUUCAAGAAAACUCUCGUUCCAGAAAGACAAAAAAAUCUAGGGCCCGAAAGCGGAAGCGAGAAAACACUAACCGUGCGUCCAGGGCAAGUAGCAAUAGAUACAACUCACGGUUAAGAUCUGGCGGUAGCCAAGAAGACCCAGAUAUGUCUUUUAGAGUCAGAUACGGGAAUGGUCGGUCAGAGGAUAUUCCACUUGAUUCUCUCCCAGGAGGUAUCCCUGGCGCUCCUUCAGAGCUGAUGGAAAGAGCACGAGAGUCAGUUCCCAACGAGGCCCAAAAGUUAAGCUUAAGAAUCGCAAAGACUUUUGUUGAAAUCCGGAAGCUACUAUUUUCGGUUGAUGCAUCCGUGAGGGUGGCUGCUGAGACCGAAAUAACGCCAUUCACGGCAUCUUUUACUUCCACUCUAGGACAUGCUGCAACAUGCCUAUCUGAAAUGGACGAGGUUAUCAGGACAUGGAGGUAUCCACUCAACCCCUCCCACGAUGAUGUUUUAUUCCAGCAAGCGCUGCGCAGGAAUCGUGAAGCCUCCCGGCGCUUUGUACAAGCUUCAGGCACGUUAGCACGAGUGCUCGGGGGUCGCCUUCAAACACCAUCGGAUUCAGACAGCCCGCAGCUGGAAUUAUUCCACCAAAUCGUACCUGCUCCAACUGAAAACGGAAUGAUAGAUCCUUCGGCCCAAUUUGGAUACGAUUUCCUAAAAGCAAUCCUCCUCUGGCUCGAGGGUGGACGACAGUCUCUUUUGCGAGGCUUCAAGUGGAAUCGCGCCCACCGUCACGAUAGUGACAGAUUUCCCAUACCCGAAGAUGCUGAAGAAGAUUCCAUUGAAUCUAUAUUAAUUCCAUAUCUGCGAAAUCUAGCAGGGGAUGAUGCCAUCAAAAACGUUGAUGCGUCGAGAUUUGAACAUGAUUCAUCGCGCGUCUUGUUUGUCUCACAGUUAGCUGCUGUUAAUGCAUUUGCGGAAUGCAUUAAACUGUCUCUAACAGACCUUGUAGGGAGCGCUGCAGUUUCCGCAAGGGAAGAGGGUGGUGAGAGCAGUGAAGGCGGACCAGAUUUGCAAUCUUUGGAUCGCAAUACCUCCUUUCGAUUCUGGGGCCUCAAGGUAGGCAGAGGAAUACUCAUGGAGGUGGGCGAGGGUGUCAACUUUGAAUUCGUUAACCGUGCCUUUGGUGGUAUUCGGGCUACUGUGGAAGAGGACGAUGAAAAUGAUGAUCAAAGGGAAAGAAUCCAGGAGGACAUUGAUCCUGAUGAGGAAGAGGAACAGAUCGAAGAGGUUAGACUAAUGACUUCUGCUGAUCGAGGGACGAGCAGGAGCCAGCGACCAGCUGGUAAUUCUAUGAGCGACCAACCUCCACAUGACCCAGAGUCACCAGUAGCUGGAUCGCUAAACCAACGCCUGGCAGAUCGUGAUUCUGACGAAGAAGACUCUGGGACGGAUGACGACGGCCCAGAUGUCGCUUACGAUUACCUCUCAGACUCAGAAAAUAGCGGCCGCGCCAGCGACUCUGACGAGAGUGAUGAAUUUGGCGGGCCUGCUGGUCGGCUAUUUGUCCGACGGGGUGGUAAUCGGCGAAAUGCAGUUGAAAGCCAUGUUCCCUGUUCCACACAUUUAAAUGUUUAUCGAGGACAUUGCAAUAUAAAAACUGUCAAAGACGUGAAUUAUUUCGGAUUAGACGACGAAUAUGUGGUUAGUGGCAGUGAUUCUGGACAUGUUUUUAUCUGGGACCGGAAGACCUCGGAUUUGGUCAACAUUCUGGAGGGCGAUAGCGACGUUGUCAACGUGGUUCAAGGCCAUCCGUACGAACCAACUCUCGCUGUUUCUGGGAUCGAUCGAACUAUCAAAAUAUUCUCUCCAGACACCCGAGCUCAACAUAAUGCCCGUCUAGGAAUUAAUAUUGCUGAUCCUGAUGCGCACGCUAAUAUCGUUUCUGGAAGUCAUGUUGGAGGAAACCAAACUGGUCGUCACGAACUUGGGCUUAAGAGCCGAAAGCGCAUGCAGGACAGCUAUCAGAUAAUGAGUCAAAAUGACAUCAACCGGCAGGGAGGGAUGAACGAAGCUUUCAUCACGAGGGGUAUGCUGGCGCGCCUGGCAGCAGCGCUGAGAGAAAGACAGGUUAUCCGAGGUACCAUAGAGACUACAGAGGGUGGCCAAGGGGGUACCAUCAUCUUGGAUGAGAAUUGCAACGUUAUGUGA